AUGGCGGAAUCAUCAUCAUCGUCGUCGUCUUCAACAGCACCAGCACUGAGAGCGAAGUCCGAUACAGAGAUAGAAGAAAUGCUGGAUCGGAUGCUAACUCGCUUAGCUCUCUGCGACGAUUCCAACCUCGAACCCUUACUCUCCAAGCUUCUCCCUCUCACAAUCUCUUCUCUCUCUUCUCAAGCCAUCGCAGUUCGCAACAAGGUUCUUGAGAUUUUGAGUCACGUGAACAAGAGAGUGAAGCUUCAGUCUGAUAUUGGUUUGCCUUUGACUGAGUUGUGGAAAUUGUAUUCGGAACCUGGUGCUGCUCCGAUGAUAAGGAAUUUUUGCAUUGUCUAUAUAGAGAUGGCUUUUCAACGUGUUGAUGCAAAGGUAAAGGAAGAUUUGGCACCUGAACUCUUGAUGAACAUCUCAAAACUUCCUAUUCAACACCAGGAAAUUAUCCUUAGAAUCAUUGUUAAGGUAAUUGGUGAGUGCCACUCUCGUAAAAUUGCUGAUGAAGUUGCUGCAAAGUUUAAAGAAGUGAGGAAUUCUCAAGAUAGGGAGCUGUUUAUUGAGUUUUGUCUUCAUACAAUGUUGUACCAGAGGGUCUCUCAAAGUGGUGGAUUCCCGCCUGGUCUUUCUGUUACUCAAGUCAAUCGUGUUACAGGGAAACAACAGUUGCAAAGUAAUGAACUUCUAUUAAGAAAGUUGGGUAUUUUGAAUGUCAUUGAAGCCAUGGAGCUUGACCCUGAGCUUGUUUAUCCUUUAUAUAUUGCUGCUUCUGUAGAUUGUGAAGAGCCUGUGGUCAAGAGAGGUGAGGAGCUUUUAAAGAAGAAGGCCAGUAGUGCUAGUCUAGAUGAUUUAAAUCUGCUCAAGAAACUAUUUUUGCUAUUUAAUGGUACUGUUGGAGCUGAAAGUGUUGAUUCAGAGUCAAGAGUGAGUCCUGGGAGUCAUGCUCUAAAGGCAAAGUUGAUGUCUAUAUUCUGCCGAUCUAUUGCAGCAGCAAACAGUUUCCCAUCGACCUUGCAGUGCAUUUUUGGUUGCGUUUAUGGUAAUGGUACCACAUCAAGGUUGAAGCAAUUGGGAAUGGAAUUUACUGUUUGGGUAUUUAAGCAUGCAAAAAUUGAUCAGCUGAAGUUAAUGGGUCCUGUUAUUUUGAGUGGAAUUAUGAAGUCUCUUGACAAUUAUUCUAUUUCAGAAGCAGAUGCCAGUGCUAGAGAGGUCAAAACUUAUGCUUUUCAAGCAAUUGGACUGCUUGCGCAACGUAUGCCUCACCUCUUCAG